GAUGGAACUUUGCAGUCUUGUGCGAAUGAAGGUGCUAGAAUAGCAGUGGAUAGUAUCGUCAAAGGUCGCUGUUUUUCUUGUGUGUGCAAGAAUGGUUUUGUAUGGUGCAGUGAUGGUUGUCCAAAUACUGAAGGUUGCCAUAUGCUGGUCGACGAAGGAUGCUGCAGAAGAUGUAAAGGCUGUAUCUUCGAAGGAAUCUACCACCCGAGCGACUCAGAGUGGGAGAAUCCUUCGGAUCCUUGUACGAUAAUGAGAUGCGAGGGUGGAGUGGUGACAGUCUCAGAAUUACGAUGUCACACCCCUUGUGCAAACCCAUUACCUCCUGAGCCAGGAAAAUGCUGUGCUACAUGCCCAGAAUGCAAAAUGAACGACCAGAUAGUCACAGACGACAGAGACGUCACCUCUGACGACCCUUGCUUGAAGUGCAGAUGCAGCGGCAGCAGAAUGAUCUGCUCUAAGAAAGCCUGCCCUGUGCUCCAAUGCUCGUCUAUGCGACAGAUCCAUCUGCCGGGCGAGUGUUGUCCUAGGUGUAAGGGCACCAGGAUCCUGAUCACCCCGAAGAACACUUGUGCCCUGCAGACUUCCUUCUUCAGGGAAGGAGACAACUUCAGCAUCGAUAAAUGUAGCAAUUGCACAUGCCAAAACGACACUUCUAUCUGCAGAAGAAUAUCCUGCCCUAUUCUGGAUUGUGCGCCUGAUUUACAGAAAUCUGUACCGGGUAGUUGUUGUAAGAAAUGUGAAGUACUAGCAGAAUUCGAAUCGACCUGUUCAUAUGGUGGACAAACAUAUGAGGAUGGUCAACAAUGGAAACUAGAUGCCUGCAAAUCCUGUAUCUGCCAAAAAGGAAUGCCUAGCUGUGCCAUCACGAGAUGCAAUAUCACUUCGACCACAUGUCCAUAUGGUACCAGAUUGAAUAAAAUUCCUGGAGAAUGUUGCUCAAAAUGCGUGGAAAUUGAAGGCGCCUGCAUGGUUUUUGGAGACCCCCACUACAAGACCUUCGACGGUAGGAUCUACAGUUUCAAAGGCAUAGGAAAAUAUCAACUAGUAACGGACUGUGCUAAUCAUUCAUUCUCGAUAAGAGUUGCCAAUACGAUAUCCGAGGGCUUUUCAGCAACGACCAAACGUGUUGCUAUUCGUUACCUCAAUACACGUUUGAACCUACAACAGAAAGAUAGAAUGAAAUACAACGGUACCAUUGUGAGUUUGCCGUUCAAAGUGGAUGGCCGGUUCAGAGCAGAACAGAAGAAAGAAUUCGUUGAAAUAACUUUCAACAAUGGCUUCAAAGUCUUCUGGAACUUCAAGAGUUUCGUGGAGGUAGUGGCUCCAGCUUCAUUCAAAAACAAGCUCUGCGGUCUAUGUGGCAACUACAACAAUGACGUGCAAGAUGACUUGACGACUAAAGCUGGCAGAGUUGUUACAGAAAAGGAAAUUCUAGGGUUCGCUGCAUCUUGGUGUCUAGGCAAAAAAUCUGAUUGCGAAAAGAAGAUUAGGUUCCAGCAUAGAUCAGAUAAGUCUAUGAAGAAGAACGGUUGUAAGUUAUUCAACAGCGACAUUUUCUCGACCUGUCAUACGAAACUGAACUUCAGUAAGUACUACAAGGCUUGCAAAAUGGAUAUGGAACACUGUUCAAGGGGUAACAAAUGUUACUGUGAUAGUCUCAUGGCCUAUGCUCGUGAAUGCAACAGGUUAGGUGUCAUUUUGCACAACUGGCAGAAAUACACCUACUGUGAACACAGUUCGAGAAGGAAGCAGAAGAAACACCACAAGUCCAACAAAAAAGGUGUUGGCGAUCUUCAGAGGAUAAAAGAUGAGCUUAGAAGACGAAAGGACGGCAAAACAAUAUUGAACACAUCGAGUAGGUCUAAUCCGUUUGGACUAAUUCAGUAG